AUCAUUCUCUCCCGUUUGAUCGAAGCAUCCCCUAAAAUGUCGUUUCAGAACGUGUUGCAAACCCUAAGAACUGCAAAAAGAUGCCCACUUCACCCUUCCCUUUCCUCUCUAACCUCCAUUCAAAAGAUUGCCCAUCUCGUCAUUUCUGCCACCCGCAAGAACAACCCAUCUUCAUCGGACCAACCUCAUCCUACCGCCGCCGCCGCCGCCGCAGAAGACACCGAACAGAUCAUCUCCAUCCUUCCUAACCUCACUCCAGACAACGUCCUAACCAUUCUAUCCGACCGCCGUCUAAAUCCCACAAAUUGCCUCGAUUUCUUCAAAUUUCUCCAAUCCAACGAAUCCUCUGUCUCCUUCAAACUGGAUCUUCAAACCCACCUCGCCCUUCUCACCCGUAUACUCAAGGAGAAACGACUCUUUUCCGAGGCCGAAACCAUACUCGCUUCUAUUACCGGAGCUGACGGAAAUCUCAGGUACUCAUUCUCCGAAAUCGCUUCCUCUGCUGAGCUUUAUUUUCAUGAUAGAAAGAAAACCGCCGCUAGAUUCUUCAACUUGCUUUUCAACGUUUACAUCGAUAAUGGAUUGUUCGAUGUUGCUUUAGAAGUUUUCAAUUACAUGAUAAAGAACGGAAUUCAAGUAGAUGAGAAAAGAUGUAGCUGGUAUUUACGUAGCCUUGUUCGAUACGACAAAAUCGGAAACUGUCUUGAGUUCUUCCAUAAAUUAGUUGAAUCUGGAUUAGAGGUGUCCACAUUUUCCUUAACAAUAGUUGUGAGUGGACUCUGCAAGAGUGGAGAGAUCAAGAUAGCAAGAGAAUUAGUUGAAGAUAUGAUCGAGAAAGGAAUCAAACCCAAUAUAGUGACUUCCAAUAUCCUCAUAAACGCCUGCGCUAUGAGAUGGAAGUUCGAAGAACUAGAUUCUGUAUUAGCUCUAAUGGAAAAGGAAGGAGUUACGUUCAAUAGAGAUACAUACAAGACAUUGAUCGACGGUUACUUGAGCUCGAGACGAAUGGAAGAAGCCGAAAGGAUUCUCAAGGAAAUGCAAGACAAGGGUUUUGAAGUGGAUACACAUUUGUAUAACAUGAUCAUUAGUCGAUACUGUAAGAUAGGAUACAUAGGACAUGCCUUGUCAGUGUUUGAUAAAAUGCCUGAGAAAGAUGUAAAGGCAAAUACAGACACAUAUUGUAUUCUUAUAAGUGGGCUGUGUGAAAUUGGACAGAUGGAGAGAGUUAAAGAAUUGCUACACGAGAUGCAGGAAAAGGGGAUUGAUUUGGACCAGGUUACAUUCAGUAUUAUGAUUCAUAAAUACUGUGAUCAAGGAAUGAUAGGUGAAGCCCUUGACUUACAUAUCUUGAUGCAAAAGAAGGAUAUAAUGAUUGAUGUUUCAGCCUGUGGUAAGAUAGCUAGUGGAUUAUGUAGGUUAGGUAGAAUGAAUGAUGCAAGAACAAUGUUGACAGUUAUGGCUAAAAUGGGCAUUACUACUCCAGUUCCUUGCAGCUUCGAACCCUUGCUUAAGGCUAUGGGUCUUCCCCGAAAUCUCAACUCCGAUGAACCUGAGUCAUCCGUCCCUGAUGAUGAUCCUCCUCCAGAGCCAUCCGUCCCAGAUGGUGAUCCACACUCUGGCGUUGAAGUUCAAAAUCUUGAAGUAACAUCUUUAAAUGUCUAAGAAUGUGUUGGAAAUAUUGAGCAAAGUAGUUAAAUACAUUUCAAAUGAUUGACUAAUCGGAAGAUUGUAGAAAAGUGUUAUAUUAAAUAUCAGUUUCAUUUUUUA